AGCAGUGGGAGAGCGAGAGAUGAAGAGAGGGGAGGUUUCGACAAACGGCACCGGAGAGUCGGAAGUUUCAGCUCCACGCUUCCCACACAAGCAGGACGAGCGAUCCAAGCUCACACACAUGCAAAGAGACAAGAUGCUGCUCCCAGCGAGCAUGCUGAUUGGCCUACUAUGUCUGAGCAAUGCAGGCGUGGUGAUGAGUUUUGCUCGUCUGCUGGACAACGCUGAACUACGGUCGGCUUUCUCGGUGGCACGAACCAACAGUAUGGAAGGUGGGCCCAAGAUGACCGUGACCUUCGACGCAGUCUAUGUCAAUAUCGGCGAGGACUUCAACCCAAAGACAGGCUUGUUCCACUGCCGAAUCCCAGGGGCUUACUACUUCUCCUUCACGGUGGGAAAGUUCCCCCACAAAGACUUGUCCGUGAUGCUGAUGAAAAAUAGGAACGAGGUGCAAGCUAUUGUGUAUGAGGAGAAUGCCGGCGAGGAGAAAAAGGUACAGAGCCAGAGUGUUAUGCUGCAACUGGAGUUUGGUGACACUAUUUGGCUGCGUCUUCAUGGCGAUCCUCGUUAUGCCCUCUAUAGCAACACUGGACACUACACCACCUUCAAUGGUUACCUCGUCUACCCCGACACCUACGACUACCAGACACACCAGCAGCAGCACCAUCUUGCUUACAAACCACAGCAACUCCAGCAGGACAAUGUACCGCUGUGGAAUGAUAACCAAGCCAAAGUAGACGUUGGGUCUGAACUGAGGAACCCGAUGGGUGAGAAGGGGCUGCAACGUCUGGAGGAUGACGAGGAGGAGGAGGCUGAUCCACGAUCUGCAUUCUCAGCUGGCCGCACUCAGAGUAUAAUCGGAGUAAAUCAAGUAGGAGUGCCACAGCACCAGCCAGUCAGCUUUGACACUGCAUUCGUGAACAUCGGGGAGGACUUCAACGUGACCGAGGGGAUGUUCACCUGUCGCAUUCCUGGCGCCUACUACUUCUCCUUCAACGUAGGCAAGCUUCCGCAGAAGACUCUCUCCGUCAAGCUGAUGAAGAACCACCUCGAAGUGCAGGCAAUGAUCUACGACGACAGUCACGGAGAGAAAGCGCUGCAGAGUCAGAGUUUGAUGCUGUCGUUGAAACCAGGCGACACCGUGUGGUUGUACUCCCACCAGAGAGAUGGUUUCGGAGCUUACAGCAACCAUGCCAAAUACAUCACCUUCACCGGCUUCCUUGUGUACCCAGAAAUGUCUCCUAUGACUAAAAUUAAUGUUACGAGUCAGUCACAAACAGAUAAGAAGCCCUAGUCGCCACAUCUUGGCUACAGACUAAAUGUUGAUGGUGGAAUUCAUGCAAACUGGUGGGCAUGAAUGAUUCUACAUGGUUCUUCCACGCAUCCACUUCAUAUGAAUGUCUUUGUAAUGUCACUGAGACCUUGCACUGAGUGAGAAUUCAAUGCCUAGUUACUUCAAUUCCAGCAAAAGAAAUCCCCAAAUGUGACCUAAUCCUUUCUGAUCAAACUCAAACAUUGGUUUGCUAUCACUGUUUAACGACGAUAUUAGGAAUCCAAGCUAUCUGUGCACUUCUGUGUCAGUUGACCUCACACCCAAAUUAAACAGCACAGCUGAAUUAGGUUUGAACUCUAGUUCAACAUCAUUAAAGGGAAACUGCACUUGUUUUGGAAUUUUGACUUUCAUUCACAAUCUUUAUGUUAGACAAUAACACAAAUGUUUUUCUUUUUUUAUGCAUUCUAACUAGCAAAUAAAAGUGAGCAAAAGUUUGCUUACAAUGGAGCCUAGAAGAGUCAACAAAGUGCUCUAAAAAACAUUCAAACACUUCCAUCAUCAUUUUAAAUACAUGCUGUUAGUACAUAUGUGAUGUAGUGACAGGCACAUUCAUAAUAGCAUUUAAUAUUUAGGUAUUAUACUAAUUUUAAGCAUACGGCGGUGCAUCAUCACUGAUUACUAUUCACUGCAAACUGACUUCAUAACAGCCAAAAAACAUAACUAAUAAUCACGUACUGUACAAUGUCGGCUGUCACCGUAGUGCCGACUGAUGGGAUGUUGAUAUAUUCCAAUUUAGAUGACUAAUAAUCCUUGCAAAGAAACCUAGCGUCAUUUAAUAUAUUUCUCACCAUUCCCGGGUCUAAAGUUGAUGACAAAGUUGAUCAAUUUGCCAGAUUAUGCCUUCAUCCUUCUACUAUCAAGGUGAGAGGCAUUAUUUAUGAUCUACAAUAAACUUUCAAGAGCUCCCAGGAGAAAAAGCAGCUCACCAGCUUAUGAUGUCAAUAUGUCAGCACAAGCUAGUUACCUCUCUGAUCACGGCGCCGCUAAGAAUAGAUUGUCUGCGUUAGCGCUUAUGAUAACAAUAUCACCAAUACUAUGUUAAUAUUCAGGUCACGAAUGGCAAAGGGAGUAUUGUUGGUGCUUUUUGGAUGAUUAUCUAUUGUGUUUUAUGAGGACCUCCCAUUGACUCCAUUGUACACUGACUUUUAGUUAUGUGUUAGAAUGCAUAAAAAAAAAAUAUAUCGGUCUUCUUGUCUCUCAUAACGAGUGUGAACAGUGUGUAGCAGAAUUUUAACGAGCCUAAGUGUCCCUCAGCAUCAUAAAUAAGUAGGGAGAAGAUGUUCACUGUAGUUAUAGCAUUCCAUUAUAUCCAUUUGUGGUCUGCAUAUGGUGUUUUUAGCUUGUAUGUAGUGGUCAUCUUUUUCAUUCAACAUUCAAAGACUUCAAAGAGUCUUUAUAAUCAAUUUUCUGCCUCAACUAAAGUCCAAAAGACUAUGUGAACUGUGUGUUUGCUGUUGACAAAAUGGCUCUUUGUCUUUCUCAUGAAGCGAGACACAGGGGCAGCAGAGGAUAAAAAUAACAUAUUUUUUUAGGGAAAAGUUCCAACUCUAUAUUCAUCCUAAGGGUGUUAUUGACCACACGGCAUCUCCGAGCCUGCAUGAUUGUGCACCAUAAUUAGAUUUCAAAUCCAGGCAGCGUUUAAUUUAUUUCCUAAGUUAGGGAACAGAAAGGGGGAAAUUGAAUUUCCUCUUCAAGGCCACUUUAAUAUGCAUGUCGGUUUCAUUUCACACCACGGGGAGAAAUUGGAAAUUGUGAUGACCCUCGACUUUAUGAUAUGACUUUCAUUUUCUGAGAAGUACAAUGCGAAAUGUCGCUUUUCUUUGAUUAAACAUUUUCCGGUGUCAACGGUAUGCUAAAGUAAUUCUGCUUUAGGGGAGAACAGUUUCAGUGGACCAAAAUGUCGACGUUUUAACAGUAAAACAAAAUAAUAUAUAUUACACAGACAGUAUUUCUAAGCGACUAAACUAUAAGCGCAGAUUCUAAAAAGUUACAUUUAGCGUCAGGCGGGGAAGGAAAUGAAAUGAGUCUGCAGUAACUGCCAUCGAAAACGUUACCCGUUUGAGAUUUCCUAUGUUUGCGCAGGAAACCAGUUUCCAGGAAGGAGUGGCAGUUUUGACGAAGGUUGACGCUACAGCUGAAACUAUCAGAGGUAACAGAACACCUUUAUUUCAAUAUAUAUAUAUAUAUAUUUGUAUGAACACAAGAAAUA